AUGUCCGACCUUCCAGAUCACAUGCAUGAGGGUCGUCUCCUGUCUCGUGCUUUUGCUUGCCAGAAUCAGCUUAUGGAGGACAGUCUUGGACAGACGACUCCCUGGGUUGUGGAAUUGGCACCAGACAAGAGAAUUUUAUCGGUGUCAGAAAGUGACGAUGAUCUGGUCUUUGCUAUUUCAGAUGCCUUGCCAUCAGAAAAACUCCGACUUUUCGACUGA